GCUAGAGGCGUUGCCCGGCACCCGGUUCAGUGUGAGUCUGAUUUAGAAAACUGGCGGCGCACAGGAGGACUUCAUUUGAAGUGUUCUUUAACGAUUCAGAUACUCCUAAACUUAGGUCAUCUCUCGUUUUUACUUGUUUGCCGCUGUGCUGUUUCCGCUGAGCCCACAGAGAUGAUCAGAAACGGUCACCACGCUACCAGCGAGCCCCGGGAAGAAGCCGACUGCACGAAACCGGGAUCCUCGGCGUGCAGCCCGGAGAAAAGGAAGCGGGUGGUCCGGUUGUGGUGUGAUGGCUGUUAUGACAUGGUGCACUACGGUCACUCCAACCAGCUGCGGCAGGCCAAAGCCAUGGGAGAUUACCUCAUAGUGGGCGUCCAUACAGAUGCUGAGAUCUCCAAGCACAAGGGACCUCCAGUCUUCACUCAGGAGGAGCGCUACAAGAUGGUGCGUGCAAUCAAGUGGGUGGAUGAGAUAGUGGAAGGAGCACCAUACGUCACCACCCUGGAGACUUUGGACAAAUAUAACUGUGACUUCUGUGUUCAUGGAGAUGACAUCACGCUGACGGUAGACGGCAAGGACACAUAUGAAGAGGUGAAGCGAGCAGGCCGUUACCGGGAAUGUAAGCGCACUCAGGGCGUCUCCACCACUGACCUUGUGGGUCGUAUGCUUCUCAUGACCAAAGCCCACCACAGCAACAUAGAUAACCCAGAUUACCAGCAGCAUACGGACAACUUUGGAAAGGGUCCUAAAGGCCACAGUCCCUGGACAGGAGUUUCUCAGUUCCUGCAGACGUCCCAGAAAAUCAUCCAGUUCGCCUCAGGAAAGGAGCCUCAGCCCGAAGACACCAUCAUCUAUGUGGCUGGAGCAUUCGACCUCUUCCACAUUGGCCAUGUUGACUUCUUAGAGAUGGUCUAUAAACAGGCAGAGCGGCCGUAUGUCAUCGUAGGUCUACACUUUGACCAGGAAGUGAAUCGCUACAAGGGGAAGAACUAUCCGAUCAUGAACAUCCACGAGAGGACCCUGAGCGUCCUCGCCUGCCGGUAUGUGUCAGAGGUGGUGAUUGGUGCUCCCUAUGCAGUAGGCAAAGACCUGCUGGAUCAUUUUAAGGUGGACCUAGUGUGUCACGGGAAGACGGAGGUACUUCCAGACAAGGAUGGGGUGGAUCCCUACGCUGAACCAAAGAAGAGGGGGAUAUUCAGGGCUAUUGAUAGUGGGAACAAUCUUACUACUGAUGACAUCGUCCAAAGGAUCAUUGAAAACAGGCUGCAGUUUGAAGCCAGGAACCAGAAGAAAGAGGCCAAGGAGAUGGCAGUGAUUGAAGCAAUGAAGAAGAGAGAGCAGAAGGAGCAGGGUGAAGCUCCAGCUCAGACUGCUCACUAAUAAAACGGCAAACAUGGCCCCAGAGUCUGUUUUACUCGUCCACGGACUCUCAGGUUUAAGAGCAUGGACCCGGACAGAGUCCAUACAGUUCUCAGCUGGGCCUGGCUCUUCGGUUUCUCUGCUAGUCCACUGAGUGCAAAAUCCUGCUUUGAAUAUUUUGGUGAAUCAGUGUGCUUAUCAGUAUGGACUGCUCCAGCUUAAAGGGUUUAUUAUAGAUCCAAAAAGUCCAAAAACCCGCUAAGACCUUAAUCUGCAGCAUCCCUUUACUCUUCUUCCUCCACAGAGAACAUUUAUUUUCUGUUGUGCACUGUUUUUGUCCAUGAGGUCACACACUACAUGUCCCCGUAUAGGUGUAGAAAUGGUAUGUUAAUUUUGUAAGUAUCCUUAACUUAUUGACACAGUGUUGAUGUCAUUGUCGGUUAUGUUUUUAGAUUUUUAACCCGCUUAGUUUUAACGAUCAUUCUUAAAAUUAUCAUCAGCACGGUUGAAUGUACUUUGUUUUUAAGUAAUUUUCAUCCAUUUAAUUUGUAGAGCUCACUUUUUUAAAAUCAGUCCUAAAAAUAUAUCUUUUAAACGAUCUGUGAAGUGGUCGAAUAAUUUUAACUACCUGAAUUUGCACCAAGUGUGUGUGUGUGUGUGUGUCUGUGUGUGUCUGUGUGUGUGUCUGUGCGCGCGUGUGUGUGUGCAUUGAGUGAGGUCACUGAAGGUGUGUUUGGUCUAUACUAGAGUAGUGCCUCAAAAGCUAUAACUAAUGUAAGGGCUGUUAAUUGUGUCAGUGUCUGAUUCCACAAAGUCAAACUACAGCAUAUCUGCAGCUACUCCUGUUUCUGUUUAUAAGGAAUGUGUUGAAGGAGAUGGGAUUUUUUUUGUUUCCCUACUUCAGGAGACAAUCCAAGAAGUCAUGUGAACAUAAAGUCCAUUGCUUUUCCUGUCUUUGUAUGGGGCGCAUUAAAGGUGAAUUGUUACAAUUAUUCACAAUCUUUCAAUCACUGUAUGUGUUAAAAUAUUUGCUUUAUUUAAUAAAUAACUAUGUGGCAAAA